CUUCAGCUUUCAAUGUAAAGUUUGAAUGGUUUUAUCUUCCUGUUUAAAACACGCAGUUUACAUGAUUAUUUUUAAACGGGAAUGCCAGGAUUAUGAAAUCUUCGUAGCAGAAUGUUCCCGAUACAGUGGUGCACACGAUGCCUUGUUUUUAUUUCACUGUUGGCAUCAUCAUGUGUGGCAGUGACGGUAGUUAUUCGAGGUGAGGUGGUGGACUGCAGUCUGAACUGUGUGUGCUGUAAAGGAGAGGACCGAUGUGGUUAUCACAAAAUCUUUGGAAAUAACUAUUGUUUUGAGGGAUGUGUUGAUACAAUAUACGGCCAUAGAUGUCACACUCCUUGCCCAGAUAACUGCUAUACUUGCACCCAAGAUCGUGGGAUACCAUGUCUCUCUUGCAAGGCUACAUUUUAUGAUCUAAACAAUCAGUGUAGCGAGACAUGUUCCGUAGGGUGCGAUGGCGGAUCGUGUAGUAAUGAUGGCACUUGUAGUCCAUGUGUAGGCAAUUUCCAAGGAAACAAAUGCGAUACAUGCAAACACGGAUUUUAUGGAUUAUCAUGUGACCUACAUUGCGCAGACAAUUGUUUCCGUGGAACAUGUUCAAGAAACGGCACAUGUCCUGAUGGUUGUAUUGCUGGAUAUUCAGGUAACACGUGUUCAUACCCUUGUGAGCCAAACUGUGCCACAUGUCAACAGUAUGAUAAAUCAUAUUGCACAUCAUGUUUCAACGAAUAUUCUGGAUCAACAUGCAGAUGUCCUCCAAACUGCAGAUGUGAAGGGGACGUUGAUGAAUGUACUUCAUGUGUACAUUUGUACUCCAACCCGGAUUACAAAUGCCAAUGCCAUACGAAAUACUGUAACGGGGAUAAAUGCAACAUCUGUACGAAUAUUACAUACUUUGUUCAUGAGGGCCUUAGCAGUUGCUGCCCGUGUUCAAGCUCAUGUAAAAACGCAAUAUGUUCAUCACAAUUUCAAUGCUUAAAUGGGUGUGAAAAUGGCAUGUAUGGUAAUGAUUGUUCCAAGAAGUGUUCAGACAUCGAUAGAAUGUGCUUGAGUUGCUCUCAGGAUACAGGGAGAUGCACACACUGUACUAAUGGGUUUUAUCCAGAUGUAUACAGAAACUGUUCGGCUUGCAAGGCAACAUGCAUAGAUGACAAAUGUGAUGGAAGCAGUGGUCGAUGUAUUAAAGGAUGCAUUGAUGGAAAUUGGGGAAAUCAAUGUGAGGACAGUUGCGAUAUUCUUUGCAGGACGUGUGAGAGAAUGACUGGUGAAUGCAUUGGUUGUAUUCAUCCAUCUUUAUAUGGUCCAUACUGCAAUUUAUCAUGCAGUUCGAAUUGUAUCAACUCUGAAUGCGACAUGGUUGGGGACUGUCUGAUCGGUUGUUCUGAGGGCUACACAGGUGUUGGAUGCAAAUACCAAGCAACUGCUUCUGGGAUCAAUGUGGGGCUGAUUGCGGGCGUCGGGGCUAUCGGAAUUAGUAUAGGACUGGUAACUGCAUUGAUCACAGUGAUCAUUCUUAGAAGAAGGAGGAGAGGUAAGAAACACAGCGAUGCAGUCAUUGAAGGACAACGACCGUUUGAAACCAGUCUUUCAAUUACAGACGGUCACACUAUCUACGAUGAAUUAGACAAGAAACAAAUCGGUGUAUCACAGGAUGGACAACAAUAUGAAAUGAUCCAGUCCUCAACAUCUCCAGUUGAUACCAAACAAUUCGGCGAAGUAUAGGACCACAAGUCGACUGCUGAUAAUGAAUAUUACAAUGAACUUUAGACUAUGUCAAACUUAAAUUAAUGUAACAUAUAAUUAAGUUUUGCAGAUUAUGUAUUAUAUAUAAACGGUAUAGAGCAUAUCAUCUUAUCUGCACACUGUAUGUAUGAUAUUAACCUUUCUUAAUAACCCUUUUUAUUUAUUUCUGCAAUGAAAUAACUGCUUUGUUCUUCAUAUAAUACUGCAUCAUGAUACAUAGUUUUACCGCAUCUAUUAUAAAAACAGUCAUUGAUCGAUCAAAUUGAAUUAAAUGAUUCAACACCAUCGACUUGCAUAUAUUGCGUCUGAUUUCCGUUGUGCUAUUUUGUUAAUUAUUAUAUGCGUUGUGAAGUUGUGCAUGCAUUAUAUUAACACACACACACACACACAC